AUGGAGCAAACUUUUCCGCUAUUUCGACUACCCGAGAAUGCCAUCUUAGAAGUGAUCAAAUAUUGGUGGAUUAAUCCAUUGUUCGAGUUCUCUCUAAUCUCAACGAAAACUAAGAAUAUUGUGGCGUCAUUAGGGAUAGAAGCAGAUGAUGUUCGUAUCGUCAUUUCUCGGGAUGUUAAAAUAACUGUUUCCUGGAGAUACAUCGUUUUGAGUCUCAGGUUUUAUAAACAUUCGGUUGAUGCACGGAUUCAUUUGAACCCAAAUCAACCUAUUCCUGCUUAUUUUGCCAAUUAUUAUAACUGGACAAUUCAAUCAUCGUCUCCAUUCAGUUUCAACAAUUGGUUGGAUCACAUUAAGACUGUAUUCUGUUAUCAUAAACCACCUAAUGUGGCUUUCUUGCCGGGAAAUGAGCGAUUUGAAAUAGAAUCGUUGAAAAAUACGUUUAAAAAUGUCAACCAGCUUGUUUUAACUGAGCAUCACAAUGAGUUUCGGAAUAGGGAACUUUUGGAAAUUUUCAAAAAUGCCAACGAAUUAAGUCUAGCAAGAAAUCCAUUUGAAGAAGCUUGUGAAGUUCAAAAAAUCUUCAUUCAAAACUCCAAUGAUCUCGGAUUUUUUGACGAUGUCUCACUUGAUGAUAUGUUAUUGGUUAACAGUGAGAGAGUCGCAUUCUCCCGUCCAAUAUCUCAAAAACAGUUCAAUCAAUUUCUUAAACAUUGGAUCCAUGGAUCUAAUCCAAGACUGCAAUACAUGGUUCUAUCAAUCGCUAAAAUUGAUUUUGUCAGCGGAGAAGUUGAUUUGAAAGGAAUCGAAUGCAUGGAAAUGAAUGAAUGGUCGAUGGAAGAAAUUCGUCAAAAACACGAAAUUCCCGAUUUCGAUAUGGUUCAGAUCAGACGGAAAGAUGGGACAACUGCAGUGAUUGCGACCAAGGAAAGUAGUACUUCUAUUUCUGUUCGUUUUUAUGUUUCCUACUAA